AUUAUUGAAGGCCAUUUUUUAGAAUCUGUUGAAAACCUAAAUAAACUUCAAUAAUGCAAUGAAGCCAUACAGUUGAAUCGACUCUUGGUUCAAAUCUUUAAAAAUAUUUUGUGAAUUGUUGUAUACUGACAGACUUGGAAAAGAAGAGCCUAUCUAUCUCCCUAAAACGUAUGCUACGCUAUUCAGGGAUUCUGCUCACAUGUGGUCUACUUGACAAUUCCAUUCUCUUCCUCCAUGUGUGACGAUAUCCACAAAGUCAAUGCGUAAUUCAUUUACCGUAUAUGUCGAUACUCUUUUCCCGCAGAAGCCCGGUUUCCGUCAUAUAGGUCUUCUCCGUUUGACAUACAUGUAAUACAUGAUGUAUGGAUGAAGGUAAAACACAAAUACACAUUUCGAAACUUUUUUUGUAAGAAACCAUCUCUCCGCAAUGCAGAGUGACAUCGUCUGUCGUCUGCUGAAUAUACUCGCGCGGUCAUGAAUUUUGAGCCCCUGAUCCCAAGUAUAAGUGUCAGAUCAUUUCUAACAAUUAUUUGCUCUUAGUGUUACUGUUAAAUUAAUCAUACUAAACCAGUGUUUUGAUUUGUAUUUUAAGAGCAAUUAAUUUUGAUGUCCAAAUUUUAAGACCAUGCUGAUAAAUACUUCAAACAGUAUUUGAUUACCGAGUAAAGACAAUGCCAACAAUGGUUCCUUUAGAACGACUUUCAGAAUGUGACAAAGAAUUGGUUUAUCUGGCUAAUCGCCUUCUAGAACAGUUUUGUAUACCAAUAAAAGUUGCUAGUGUUGAAGAUAUAGGAGCAUCUGUAUUUGUGACAUUAUAUGAAGGCUUGUACGGUGAACAGUUGCCAGGUAUUAUUAGAGAACCAUUUACUAGAGAAGAUGAGAUACACAAUUGUCAAACUGUCAUAGAUUCACUCUCAAAAGAUGUUCUUCAUAUAUCUCUCUCACAUAUUCGUGGACCUGAAAUUAUCAGUCACAGUAGAGAAGAUGUAUCUAAUCUUUUAGAAAUUUUUGCUGGUCUGUCAGAUUAUAUCUUGACCAGAAUAGAAAGUGAUAAUGAAGAUACAAGAUCGGUUGAAAAUGGAUUAAAUGUUUUGAAUGAUCCUGACCUUGUUACACCAGAAAUAAUUGAAGAUUUUUUAGAUCGAGAACUGUCACGUACUGCACAAAAUGGAGGAUAUUCAGUUUCACCAUCUACCAAGAAGACAGCAGAAUAUAUUAACAGUCAUAUACAGACGUCUGGUGGAAAAAGUCCAGGUUUAGAUUCAACCAGUGAACUUAUAAGGGAAGGUGAGAAAUGGGAAGAAAAACUUAGACUAAACAUGCAAAGGAUAUCAGAUAAUAAAAGUCCAGAUGAAUUUGACCACAUAGGAAAACGGAAGAUAAGUCCUGAAAAAUCAAAGACAAAUGGUCAUCAACAAACUGAUUCUACGAAAAAAAAUGAAAGUAGAAAAACAAACUUAGUUCAGCAACCAACUGGCUCUGAUAUGGAUAUACAUCAUACGUUUACUCAUCAUCUAUAUCAUUAUCAUAAACCUCAAGUAGCAGAUAUAUCAAAUGCUGUUUCUAAUACUGUUGGUGCUGUAGGAACAUCAUUAGCUACCCAAUAUUUAGAUUUAGAUCAUCAUCCAUCUAGACUUCCUACAUCAAAGGUCAAAGGUCCAUCAUCAAAAUUACCAUCUAACACAAAUAAGUUGCCUACUAAAGGUAGGCAGAUCCCGAGACGUCAUAAUGAUUCGUCCAUGUCAGCAUCUCUACCAAUGAGGUUAAACCCACAGACUCAGGUACCUGAUAAAUUACGAUCUACGAUAGAUACACCUAACGAUUAUAGACAACAGCUAGAGGAUAGACAGUUUCGACCAGUCUCUAGACAAUCCAGGGAAUCACCUGUUCAGCCUCUACCAGCUAAAGGAUUAGCUUCGUCGUAUGAUAAUUUACAGAACCUAGUACAGUCAACAGCAACAUUAGCUAGAACAGCCGUUAAAACAAGUCCUAUUAGAUCACAAGCUGAUACAUCUUAUUUCCUUACUCCCCCUAGAUCUCGACCUUUGAGAACUAAAUCUCCGGUACUGGAAGAUAGAAACUUGGCUAGUGAAAUCAACAAGACCAGAACAACCAGAAAUUUACCAGAUUCUAAUAUGAGUGCCAACAGCUCUAAUGAUUCACCAGGUAGAGUAAGAAGAAAAGUUUCGUUCCUUGGAGAUAGAUCACCAUCUACAGAUAGCAGUGGACCUUCCUUUAAUCAGCGUCAUAGCAGAAACAGAGGAGCUCCUAAUGUUAGUCUUGAUAUGAAGAGAAAAGAAGAAAGAUUAGGUACUAAACAUCAAGCUGUAAGGAAUGGUGUUAAAUAUGGUAGUUAUACAGACAUUGGUUACCUUAGCGACAGAGAAAUGGAUUCUGAUACAGCAAGUGAUCACUAUUUACAACAAAGAUUUAAUGAUAUAGUCGAUGACGUUUUAAGUACAGAUUCAGAUCAAGUUCUGAUGACUAAAAGAAGGAGAAAACCGACCAACAAUCGUCAAGUUCGAUUUGAAAAAAUCUUAACUAAAACUGGUAAAGGUUGCCUGGCUACAGCUAGACAGCAGUUAAGAGAAAAUAAAAAAGUCUUAAGAACUUCUGAUAUUUUAAAGAAAAUGUAUGCUGAAGAUUAUGAGGAUUUUGUUGAAGAAACAGAGUCUGAUUUAAAGAAAACCAAAGAUCUGGUGAAAGAAAAAGAACAGGAAUACAAGAAGAAAACAGCUAAAAAGACCAGGAAACCAUCUGUCUCAGUUAAAUCUAAUAAAGGUCCAGGAGCUGUUAAAGUACCAUUAACAAAACCAGUGAGUACUAAAGUAAGGAAAUGUAGUAGUAGCAGUUCUAGUAUAUUACCUAGAAAAACUAUGUUAACUGUACAUGAUGAAGAUGAAUUAUUACCGCUUUUAUUAGAAGAGUUUCCCCACUUACACAUGUCACAACACACAUGGCAUGAACUAUGGAGGCGUGGUCUAACACAGAUAGAAAAUAUCACUAAAGCUUAUGAAGAAACAAAACGUAGAAAAAGUAAAAGUCAAGUUCAAGUGGAAGAAGCAGUCAAACGUCAUGAAAUUGUAACAAGAUUAGAAAGGAAGCAAAUGGAUAGCAUGAAGAGAGUGCGUGAAGCCAAAGAUCAGAAGAAACAACAAUUACAGUUUAAAAAUAAAUUACACGAAAAACGUCAACAAUCUGUACGAGCACGGAAAUAUUAUAAUGAGUAUGCUGUCAGAGCCAGAUCUAAAUUAUUACGUAGAAGAACUAAAGAAGAAAUGAUAUUUAAGAAAUUAUUUAAAGAUGGUUUAGCUAUACAGAAAGAAAGAAUACAAGAUAUACGUAAAUAUUCUCGUGAACAGAGAGAUAAACAAUGUAGAUUACGACAAGAUGAACUUGAUUCUAUGGAAAACUAUUAUCAUGAUCAGUUUGAAAUGUUAGCAGCUAAAGUAACUACAGAAAGAGAGGAAUUGUUAAUACGAGAAAAGGCUCAACAAAAGGCAUUAGAUCAAAUGAAGAAAGAACUAAGAAAGAAAAUGGAGAAAGAGAUUAAAGUCUAUCAGGACCAACUAUUCCGAGAUGAUGAUGAUGCUUACUUCCGUCAACUUGAUGCUGACAGAUUACGUCAAACUUUACAUCUAGCGAAAUAUCAAACAAGUUUUAUGUAAUGGGAUGUUAUUUUUAUUUAAACUAUGCAAAUGUUUAAUUAAUAAUCGUUCAUUAAAACAUGGAUGAUAUUUUUAUGUGAUGAGAUCAUGGCAUGUAAAUGCUUUUGAUUUAAUUAUACCUGUCAAUAAGUUAUCUGUAAAAUACUUACUACAUUAAGUGGACAGUGUACCACGGUGGGAAUAUGUAUUGCUACAAAAU